ACAUAUGCACACUUCAUUGAGGUAGAUGGAGACGGAACACAACUCGACACCGCGUGUUACAACAGUAUCUCUUUGGACGUCACAUCCAGCUUUCCUCCCAGCAACAACUGACCUCCUUUGGCGACAGUUAAUACAGAAACGUGGAGAUAUUUAUGUGGGCUGAUGUUGAACGAUGAAGCCUUGUACAUCCCUUUUUAAGAAGCAUUCUUAAUCGAAAAUGGCAGUGUUCCAUUUUCCUGCUGUCUUAAACCAUAUGAAACUUCUUUGUUAGUUAGCUGAGUGCUCAGCACUCAUAAGUAAUUUUUUUAUUUGUUGGACUUUUUCAGAAAUUUUUCUGAAACUUUCAUAGGGUAAGUAAUUUUGAAAGUGGCUACGAGAAAACCGGGCAGUGGUAAUGAUUCAAAAACCCCGAUUUGGCUCAAAUGUGGCAAAAAUGUUUGGUAUAUUGAGUUAGGAACUGGGUAAUUUUUAAACGCCGAAAUAAAUCUUAUUUCCUGGGAGAUGUGGGAUCCCCUAGAAUACCUCCACUUUCUGCAUUUUUUUAAUAACCAUUUAACUAAAUUUGCUUUGCUCUUGUGACAAACAAGGAAGCCAUCUAAAUACACCAGGUUACGUUCUAUAUCUUCCAGACUUCAGGCACAAUUAACUGAUGAAAAUUGUCAAUUUUAUUUCUUUCCCUAGCUACUUCCCCUUAAUAUAACGCCCAUUAUUUCCGCUGAGCAUCAACUUCUGGUCAUUAUUUCUACAUGAGUAGUGGAAACCAUUUCUUAACUUCCAAAAACAGAAAAAAAAACUCCUAGGCAACUAGUCUCAUUAUUCGUGCAUUAUCACACUCUGGCAGGUUCCGCCUGGUUUUUUCAUGGACACUCUCUGAACAAUUCAACUCGGCACUGCUGAUUGAAAAUGAAAGCAAUGGAUGGAUGUCUCCUAUGGCUGUUUCUUCAACUCAUCUGGAACAAAGUUUUGACGGCUACCCUCCCGUCAACGAAAGAGACUGAGCCGUCAGAGUCGUUUCCGACGUAUUCUCCUCAGUGUGUCACUUGGUAUAGACGUCCAUUUGCACCAGCCUCCUGUUAUAUAUCCUUUGAUGCGGAGAAAAAAGGCAAUUUCGAAGAUAAAACUACCAUGUCACCAUCUGACGAACCAUUCACGAUUAGAACACCAGCUACAGCACCAACGCAGUUUACCAGAGCUGAUUCCACAGCUACACCCAUAACCACACCUCCAAGCACACCUUCAAGCACACCUUCAAGCACACCUUUAAACACACCCUUUACCACACCUAUAACCACACCCAAAACCUCACCAACAGGUUCACCCAUCAUUUGUGUUGGUUAUAAGCAGUGGAAAAUCAUCGUUCCGGAAGGAAACUAUGUCGAGAUGACUAUCAAGAAAGUGAAUCUUCGACCAUGGGCGUGUUUGUUCGAGACAUACAUUAUGGUCAGAGACGGGCAGUCUUUGUCAGACAAUGUCCUCAGGAUUCUUUGUGAAGCAAGCACUUCACCUCACCGCAUAGCGUCUAGUGGCAACAAAAUGAUUGUGGAGAGAUACGGAAUAUUGGGAGCUAGUGAAGGUUCGGGGUUUGAAGCCAGCUUUAAGGCAAAACCUUUAAAAACUGGAGAUCCUCCUAGCUUUGGGGUGGCUGAGGAAACGGUGACUUUGCUAGAGCAUUGUUCUCAAAGCUUGCUCUGCCAAGCGGGCGGCGCACCUGCUCCUAGAAUCACGUGGUCGAAAAAUGGAGAAGUUUUACAAAAUAGCACAAGUGUAACUUAUACACCGAGAUGGCAUUCGAAAUCAGGAAAUUACUCCUGCAGAGCAAGUAAUUUUAACGGCUCGGAUACGAAAACUCUUUUAGUUCACACCGAGAAAUGUUCUCGUUUUUGCAGCUGUUACAAACUCAAUUCACAUCCAUUCUGGCUUGGAGUCGAAUGUCGGACUUCCAACGAAGGAACAGUUCCGAGGGACAUUCCUCUCGCUACAAGAUAUUUGUUGUUUUUUGCUGAUACAUCUUUGUGGCAUAUUUCUCCAAAGUCAUUUGAAAACCUAAGUGACCUACAGUACUCAUGGAUUAUAGGUGAGUUUCAUCGGUGGAAUUUGACGAGAAAUGCGUUCGGAGGACUUAAGCAACUCAAGUACUUGAGAAUUAGCUAUCAUUAUUUGUUGGAUAUCGAAGAAGGAACUUUUAAUGAUCUGACAUCUUUAGAAUUUCUCUUUCUGACAGACAAUGGGAUAAGUUUACUGCGACCGAAUGUCUUUACUGGGCUUUUGUCUCUUCGAGAACUGGACCUAAGAGGGAAUCGGAUUAGUAGGAUAGCGGAGGGCACGUUUGAGAAAUUAUUCUCCCUAGAGAAACUCUAUAUUUCCAUCAAUGAGUUAAGUAAACUUCCACCGAAUAUUUUUCAAGACCUGUCGAAGCUGCGAGUUUUAGAUAUCUCCUACAACAAAAUCUCCAGGCUGUCUAAACCCAUCUUCGACAAGUUGCAAAGCCUAGAAACGCUUGCUCUUUCUCACAACGAAAUUGUCGAGAUACCUGCCAACGUCUUCAGCAAACUGAAAAGUUUGAAAACUCUGUAUCUGGAUGACAACAAGAUUGAAAAUAUCCAACCAGGCGCUUUUUCUGGGCUUACAAACCUGAAAAACUUACGUCUACAAAACAAUUUUCUAUAUCGUAUGCCUCCAGAAACGUUCAGCUAUCUUAAAAGUCUACGGAACUUCGUUGGUAACCUGGCAGUGAUUGCAUGGCGUCUCAUCAGGCGUGACGACCAUCCAGUUCAAACCUGCCUUCUGACCAAUCUGGCUGUGGCUGAUUUCCUUAUGGGAGUGUAUCUCAUGAUAAUAGUUUUUGCCUUCAGAUGCUCACGUCUGACAUUAAGAGGAACUUACAUUAUUUGUACCGUGGUGUGGCUUUGCGGAACUGCAAUUGCUGUGGUACCAGCUCUUGAUACUCCGUACUUUUUCAACGAGGAAAGAAGAUAUGGGUUCUAUGGUCGUUCCUCGGUAUGUCUACCUCUUCAGUUGUCUUCAGAAAGACUGGCAGGCUGGGAAUAUUCUGUUGGCCUUUUUAUUGGUUUGAAUCUCGCAGCUUUCCUGUUCAUCAUGUUGGCGUACAUAUCUAUUAUCGUGAAAGUGUCCAAGUCACAGAGGAGAGUCAAGGCUCACGGUGAAUCUGAAGUGAGCUUGAACAGCAUCAAAAGAGAGUCCGCGUUGGCAAGGAGGGUUUUGGCAAUCAUCUUAACAGACUUUAGCUGCUGGAUUCCUGUAAUAAUUCUGAGUAUUCUUGCUCUAACGGGCAAAUUUCACGAUGAACAAGGUGUGGCGUAUGUAUGGUUUGCGGUAUUUGUCCUGCCGGUAAAUUCCUCUGUAAAUCCUGUACUCUACACUUUCUCGACUCCAAAGGUGAGGAUGAUAUUUGCCACCUUUCGCUUUUCAGUGGCAUUUUUUUUUCACUGGCUGAGAAAAUUUUUAAUUCCUACGCCAGUUAAGAGAUAUUAAACUAAAAACUAUGGGCAUUAAAGAUGGUUACGUAUAGCCACCAUAUCUUUUUGGUUUGCUUGGAUUUAUGUAAUUUGCAUAAUUAUUCCUUAUCGACUCUACGUCGAAAUCACCAAAAUCAGCAAUUUUCUUUCUAAUUUUGAGAGGUUUUAAAACUUUUUUAGGUAAGGAUAGUCCUUGUAGGCUGGUUUUAUUGCCUUGUUACUCGCUGUAAAUGGUUCAGCUGCAAGAAAAGAUCUGAUGGAAUUGCAAUAUCUGAUGGAGACGGAACACAACUCGACACUGCGCGUUACAACAGUAUCUCUUUAGAAGUCAUAUCCAGCUAUCCUCCCAGCAACAACUGACCUCCUUUGGCGAUCCUUAAUACAGAAACGUGGAGAUAUUUAUAUGGGCUGAUGUGGAACGAUGAAGCCUUGUACAUCCAUUUUUAAGAAGCACUCUCAAUCGAAAAGGGCAGUGUUGCCUGCUGCCUGAAACUAUAUAUUAAACCUCUUUAUUAGUUAGCUGAGUGCUCAGCACUCUUCGGUAAUUUUUUUUCUUAUUGUAUUUUUUCAGAAAUUUUCUGAAAUUUACUAGAGGUUAAGUAAUUUAUUUGACUUAAAAAUGUUUGGUGUAUUGAGUUGAGACCUGUGUAAUUGUGAAACGCCGAAAUAAAUUUAAUUUCCUGGAAAACCUCCACUUUCUGCAUUUUUUGAAUAACUAUUUAACUAAAUUUACUUUGCUCUUGUGACAAACAGGAAAACCAUCUAAAUAUAUCAGGUUAUGUUCCAUAUCUGCCCGACUUCAAGGGCAAUAAACUGAUGAAAAUUGUCAAUUUUAUUUCUUUCCCUACUCCCCCUUAAUCAGUAAAGACUAAGUCUCCUUGUUUUGGCAAAGUCCAAACUGAGGAAAUCUUAACGCCAAAUAUUUCCCCUAAGUAACUACUUCUGGUCAUCAUUUCCACAU